AUGAAAGAUGACUGGAGGGAAAGAACACUUUAUUUCUGUGUGACAGUCUCAGCCCUACAAUGCACCCCUACAACAGUAAAUUUCACGACGGAUACAACCACUUGUGGACCUCAACCGCGGUUCAACAAUUUCACCAUUGGCCGGUCCGGUUGGGAACUCACUGCUUUUACGCCAAGCUACUGGGAUGGAGGUAUCGUGAAUUUUAACGACAAACCUCACGCCUAUCGCAAUAACACGUGGCAACCGGUCGAAGCAUCCGUCGUCAUCCCACAGCGUGAUUUGGCUGACGCUUUCCGAUAUCAAGACGUCAACUUCUUCGAAUAUCAACAUCAAACCAACCCCGCUUAUACGGAAGCCCUCAUUAGCCCAAUGGAUAUAAUGGCCGAUAUCACAGCUUCCAUGAACGAACAUUCCCUGACUGUCCCCAAUCAAAUUACAGGGACAUCGGCUAUCGUCGUAUCCGCAGCCGAGAAAGCAGGUCUCGGAACCUUUACCAAUUGGUUCGAGAAUUUUAAAGUCUACUCAUUCAUCAUCCUGCUCAUCGCUAUUUUUCUACUGAUCGCUCGUGUUUGUUACGCCCUCGGAUUUUGUGGUUUGAUAUGGAAAUGUUGCUGUAAGCCCCCACGUCCUCCCCCUACGGCGGUUUACCAGCCGAGAAGCAGCCGACCCACAGGUCCCUGAAUUUUCUUUUGGAUUGCGGGACGCAAUCUAGUAUGAAGGGGAGCGAUGUAACGAAACGCCAAGCGAAGCCCCUUCUUGCCCCUUUUAUUUUUGCUUAAUUAAACUAAGACCU